GCAAGUUAAUGUGCUUCCCGGAAGUACAACAAGCUCUACCGUUGUCCGCCUCAUUGUAACAUGACGGCAGUGAAUCUCACAGAAUUGGCUCUCCCUCAGCUUGAGGGGCUGAAAAAUCAGCUAGAACAGGAGACAGAGUUCCUGACGUCUUCUAUCGCACAGCUUAAAGUUGUGCAAACGAAGUAUGUAGAGGCUAAGGACAGUUUGAGUGUACUCAACAAGAACAACAAAGGAAAAGAACUACUUGUUCCUCUCACAAGCUCUAUGUAUGUGCCUGGAACGCUGAAUGAUGUGGACAACGUAUUGGUAGAUGUGGGAACUGGUUAUUAUGUAGAAAAGAAUGUCGAUGACACCAAAGACUUCUUCAAACGAAAAAUCGACUUUCUCACCAAGCAGAUAGAGAAAAUUCAGCCGGCACUGCAGGAGAAACAUUCCAUGAAGCAAGCGGUGGUUGAAGUCAUGAGUAUGAAACUACAGCAGUUACACAGCCAACAGGCAUCGACAACGGCAACCAUCAAGGCAUAGGACACACAAUCACCUCGCACUCAACACCAUACUAACGUAUAGCAGAUGAUAGAGCAUACACCCUCACAGACUGGUCUUCUUGCCAAACAAGGUUCUCAGCAGUAGAACAUAUCUGAAUCGCUAAACUGUCAGAGCUGUUGAGUGACCACACAGCAGUGCUAAGUCUUAGGACGUGUACAUACUCGCGCACAAACACGCACACACACACACACACACACACACACACACACACACGACUCUGAUACUCUCAGACAUAACCCAAAGCUGUGUGACCUCUGCAAGCCCUGCGUAGAGGCCCCAGGUGGCCCUGGACUGGAGACCUGACUGUCAACAUGUUCCGUGUGUGUGUGCAAGUAGGAGACUCGUCUAGUCCUGAGGACUGUCUCCGUCUGUUAUGUGAUCACAACAUUAAUAUUUGCAUAACUUCACAAAUAAAUUAAUAAAAGUGCUUUAAAUGUCAAA